GACAAGAGCCCGUAUAAAAGCUGACGGAGCUGACGCAAAGUUGUCAUGAGUCUUUUAACAAUGGAUAGUUGAGUUGAUAGUAGGGCUGGAAGCCAAAAUGUUGAUGACAAGGGAGUCUGCAGUUAUUGAUCGUUGGAGAGCAGUAUUAUAAUCACUUUUUAGAAACAAACGGAGUUAAAAACAAUUCGAAGCUUAUCCUUUCAACGGACCUUUUCAAGGGGCUUUUGUUUACAAACAAUGUUUGAAACAUGAAAGAUCUAGAAGAAAAUACGCAAGUUGGACAAAGUCCAGUUCGACCAAAUUCUCUUAUGUUUGACUAUGCUCACACGAUGGAAAUUGAAAUGGUCUUCAAUUCGGACGUAGAUAACAACCACCAAGCACCAACGGCAAAGACAAGUCGGAAAAAGAGAAGAAAAGCAGCCGAUAUCCAUGCCAGAAAAUUUGAAGAACUGUACCAGCCUACUGGCGAAGUUUUGGGACGUGGAUCCUAUGCUUCAGUUCAGACAUUUAAAAGUAUUAAUUCUAAUGACAACCGGGAAUAUGCAGUUAAGAUAAUUGAAAAGAACAACAGCAUGCAGAGGAGCAAAGUGUUCAAAGAAAUUGAGAUUUUCAGUAUGUGCCAAGGUCAUGAGAAUAUUUUGAAUCUGGUGGAGUAUUUUGAGGAGGAGAAUCGAUUCUACCUGGUCUUCCACAAGAUGGCCGGCGGCACUUUGUUGGCGAACGUCGAACGGCGUGGCCACUUGUCUGAGAAAGAAGCUCAAGCUGUGGUCCGGGAUAUCGCCAGCGCCCUGGAUUUCAUGCACAAUAAAGGAAUUGCUCACAGAGAUCUGAAGCCAGAUAACAUCCUGUGUCUGUCUGUUGACAAUGUUGUGCCCCUGAAGAUCUGUGACUUCGAUCUUGCCAGCGGUGUGCCAAAGAAUGAAGAUGGAGGAAGAACCCCUGAGCUUUUAACACCAGUUGGGUCAGCUGAGUACAUGGCCCCUGAAGUGGUUGAUGCUUGGGUUGGUGAAUCCUUCUCCUACGAUAAAAAAUGUGAUCUUUGGAGUUUAGGAAUUAUUUUAUAUAUCAUGUUAUGCGGGUAUCCUCCAUUCUACGGUCAGUGCGGUGAGGACUGUGGGUGGGAGCGCGGGGAGGCGUGUCAGGACUGCCAAGAGCUGCUGUUCACUCGCAUUCAGGACGGCUACUUUGAGUUUCCCGACAACGAGUGGUGCCACAUCUCGGACUCUGUGAAGGACCUCAUCGGUCACUUGCUGGUGCGAGACCCACGCAAGCGCUACUCGGCGAGUCAGGUGCUCAGCCAUCAGUGGUUGGUUCAGCCAGUGUCCGCCACGCCGCUGGCCACCCCACACCUUCUCACACGCAACAAUAGCACCAAAGAUUUGGAGUCUUUUGCAGAGGCAGCUAUUUCUAUCAACCGAAUGAUGCAGCAACAUCUGUUCAUUUCGGAAACCCCAGAGUUUACGUUUGGUCGUGACUCAAGCGAAGAAGAGGAGAUUGAUUCGGCCGACGAGUUUCUUAAUAUCGGUUUAUCCAUGAGAUUGUCGCCACCUGGUACAUCGAGUUUGGCCAAGCGCAGGACGACACUUAACAACCACAUGUGUGGCUCCAGCACAAGUGCCGACAGUGCAUCAAGCCUACCAAGCUCUGGCAGUUGGGCGUGAACGGUCUACAAUCAAUAUUUGACAAUAGAUAACAAGUUACACAGAUGAGCCUGUUAGAAGAACAGUCAUUGGUCAGACCAAUUUGGCAAACGCGAAGUCUUUCAUCCAAAGUGUAUUUUGGCAGUUAUUGAGUGUAUGGAAGAGUUCUGAUAAGACAUGAAGUUUGAGGUUUUUAUACCCUUGUGAUUUGUGAUAAAUAAGUGCAUUUGUUUUUCAUUCCCAGCUUUGAAGGAAGUGUGUGCGCAUUUUUUGAAAUUGUUUAAUUAAAAAAAAAAUUAAGAAUGCUUUCCUUCCAUGAAGGGACUUAAUUUUUUAUGCCCAUCUCUGAACAUCAUUUCUCGAUUAACAGGGCUAAAAAUUUGCCAUGAUUCGCACAAGCAUAAAACAUCCGAAUCUUAUUUGGAUUUGCAUAAAAUAUUUCCAAAAUUUAUUAAAUUGAAUAAUUGGUGAGUAAAACGUUACAGAAUUAAAACAAAAAAAAUAUUUAAAAAAUAGUCUGGUUAUCAAGCUUCAGUUUAAACUGGCUUCAAAAGCAUAGCAUACAUUCGAAUAUGUGCAUGUUCGAAACAUAGUGGUUUAUUGAGACUAGUCUGGCCUGGAGCCAAGUGGUGGUUGGUCCAUUUCUACGAACCAAAUUGCCAACAAAGAGAACCGAAAGGAACAUGUUUGUUCAGUUCUUACAUCAUACCAAUAGACAGUAAUUAAGUGUUUCCAAAUUUAGUAAUACAUCAGACAUUUCUAUGUUAAUUCGCCAAUAUUAUGUUCUUAACCUUGAAUUACCUGCUCUUUUUAAUCAAUACAUCUUUUUGUCGGUUGUGAAAAUGUGCUUCAGUAAUAUCAUACAAACAUUGAACCAAUGCGCAAAAUACAUCGGCAGAAGUAUCCCAUGCGCUGUUUACGAAUAAGCAAUCUUUGAAAAGUUGGUUUAUUUAAUCCAUAUACAGUUAGUAGCACAUGACACACAAUUCUAUAUACUAACACUGUUGAUAAAGUUUCUUCUCUGAAAAUGUUUAGAAUCGGAGGAUUCCCGUGGACUGCUUCCAUGGGAAUCCACAUUCUCGUGAAAAAAAAAGCCAAAUUUUUAGCCCUGAUUAAUAUAUUAAUGGAAUGUGCUGUAAAUCACAUUGUCAUUUUAAUUGCUAAUGUGAACAAAAUUUUCAAUGUUAAUCUUGUACUUCCAGACAUCAGAAUAGACAUUUGAGAUGGAUGUAUCAUAGGUUUUGGUUUCCUUCAAAUUGGGGAAUGAAAAACGGAUCAUAACACUACUGAUUUCGGUGAAUGUAUCAAAGCAGUGGGAGAUGCAGUAUUUUAGUCAUUGCCAUUUUACGCUCAUUUGUUAUACAUUAAUUUUCACCCAUCAUGUUAUUUUUUAUUACGUUUGUAUUUUUGCAUAUUUUUAUGGACACGUUUGUCUGUGAGGACAGUGUAUUCCCGGUGCACGAAGGUGUGUGCUGCAUCGGGGUGGAAGUUUAACAUAUUUAAGUUGAUGCUCAGGUCUAGAAUUCGGCUUGCACCACACACGUGGUGUGUUUGUGAGUGGUUUUUUCUGUACAUACCUCACUUGAUCUCAUAUCAUUGGAAAAAAAGGUUUUUAAGAAAUGUUUCCAUCUGCUGGAACAGCAUUGGUGGUUAAAACAUUGCAUGUAUGUACGUUUACGGUGGAUAGUAUGUGGCAGAACCUGUGUUUUGCAUGUUUGUUUUGUUUAAUCCACCACCAUACAUUGACAGUUGUUGACAGAAUUGAUGCCAUACAUCAUCAUAAUCAUCAUCAUCAUAGUCUAGUUGAGCUCAUUUCCUUGUCCAUGUUGUCAAAGGGCAUUCCAUAUUAGGUGAAUUCAUUUUAUACUGUUUUGCAUUUAACUGUACAUUUGGAAAGUCAAGACUUUCAUUGUCUUGAUGUUUGUCACCCCAUUUAAAAUACCAAAUUGUUUUGUUUGUACAGCAGUGUAACAUUGUCAGCUAUGUUUUUUUGUGGAGGACAGGGACAAUUCUUUUGGGGGUUUUAUGCUAGUCUAUGAUUGCAAAAGUAAUAGUAGCUGCCUGUUGUCCUUAAGAACAGGCGAAUUGCUAAAUCAAAAGUUUAAAAAGUAACCUAUUUAAUACAUAUACCAAAUUUGAAAGUAAAUGUUUAGUUAUUCCAUAUUUUCUUAAAACUGGAACUGUGAAUAACUUUGAGGGAGCAUUUGAACAGUAUAGGUUUGUAUUUUUCACGAGUUGUGGUUUCACUCCAUACUGUUUGUGGCAAAGAACAAUGUUUAUACCUAGUGAUUGUUGCUAGUGAUGGCUUGAGAUGGUUACACUUGCUUCACCUGCAUAACUAAACGCUGCAUGACAGUUGCAUAUUAUGAAGUAGAGUGAUUUGUGUCUGAAGCCUUGUUAACAGCUUCUAACAGCUUUGGAAUAACAUUGCAAGAGUUAUGUCAUACUGCCCGCGAUUGUGUCUUAAUCUUGCAAGAAAGUACGGUGUGUUUUUAUGACGGUUUGUUUUGUGAAUCCUUCAUGCCAAGUGACGUGAGAUGUGGAGGGAGUGCCACCGCUGGUAUUGGAUAUUUGUUUGGCAUUCCUAGUGCUUGCAGUGCUUAAUGUUAGGAAGACAUUGAUAUUGUCCAUUGGCAUGAGCAUUGACAUAAUGAAUUUAUCUGUGAUAUAUGAUAAAAUGGUAGGCCAAAAGCUGAUGGUGGAGGUAGAGUGGUGCUGCUGGCUGCUAAAAAAUGUGCCUUGUGGCAUUUUAUGUGAAUCUCUUGUGUGUAAUAAUGCUUUCGCGCAUAUCAAAAAAACGUUGUUCCAGUUUGGUAGCUGUGCAAUUAUCAUAAUGAAUUUAAAUUCCUAUUACAUAAUAAAGGAAAAAGGUAAAAAAGUUUUAUCAAAUGUCUUUGAUGUAAUAAAUGAAUAGAAACAAGAGAUCCCAUUAUUUUCGUGUAUACAAAGGUGCUAUUGACUUUAUGAGAGAUGGUGGCAGGUUUGCUAUUUUAUUUGUAACAAACAUUUUGAUGGAGCAAACUGGGUUUUUUUGGAGUAGCUUUGUCAAGUCUUCAUGUUCGAGAUUGGUUUCAGUAAAUGAAGUAUCAUUUUUUAAAAUGAAAAUUUGACAUGAAUUUGGUGAUCUUAAUAAAAUAACAAUUCUGCCAAGUUGAUCUCUCGCUAGUAAUGGUUGUUAAUGCAUAAUUAAUGCUGUUUAACUGUUCCAACUAUCUUGUGUUGUUUGUUAAAUUGUAUCAGAUUUUAAACAUAAUAUUCUGUUUCAAUUUCCAUCAUGUUAGCAGACCUACAUCAGUGGGUUGUAUUUUCUGAGAUGUGUAUGUGCGUGUGAUAACACUUGUAAACAUUCUACUAAAGUCCAUUUCUAAUUUAUAUGAAACUAAACUAAUACAAGACUUAAAAAAAAAAAAAAGCUUACUUACAAGGUUAAUCAUUAAAAGCCUGCUUCCUCGUUUGUUUCCACUCAUUUUUGGUUACUUAAAAAAUAAAAUAAUAAUAAUUUUGUAAACUGGGGUUUUUUUUACCACAAAAUUUCAGUGUCAUAAAUAAUUGCUAUAAAGACAUCCAAAGAAAACUAAAAACCAUAAAAGGAAGCAUAAUUAGUAUGUAACUUAAGUAAUUUAUUGAGUAGAAUAUUAAGCUAAAAUUAUUUUUUCUUGUGUCAUCCUUGCAUAAGUCUUUGUUUAUUUGUAUAGCAUUGAUAUAUUUUUGUGCAGGUCAGAUACAUUGGAUGAAUAUUUCUGAAGUGAUAUAUUUAAGAAUGUUGAAUUUGUUUGUCACACACACUACUUGAUACAAAUGGCCAAGAAUCAUGUUGGACAAAAACUUCUAAUGUGAAGAAACUAUUGUCCUUCAUUUCAAGCUUUUAACAACUGUAAAAGUAUUGGAAAAAAAAUAAAGCAAUUAUAUUUUCAA